CACAGGGCCGCUGUUUCUUCCUCUCUCGCUCCUUCAGCUGGAGGCCAGCCGGCCGGCCGGCCUCUCUUACACAGACAACAUGGCCGAGCAAGAGAGCUUAGAGUUCGGGAAGGCGGAUUUUGUCCUGCUGGACCGCGUGACCAUGGAGGACUUCAUAGACAACCUGAAACUCAGGUUUGAGGUGGGGCGGAUCUACACCUACAUAGGGGAGGUGGUGGUCUCCAUGAACCCCUACAAGCAGAUGGAGCUCUACGGAAAGGACAUGAUCGAACAGUAUCGGGGCCGAGAGCUGUAUGAGAGGCCGCCACAUCUCUACGCGGUGGCUGAUGCGGCCUACAAGGCCAUGAAGCGCCGAGCUAAAGACACCUGCAUUGUCAUCUCAGGUGAAAGUGGUGCUGGAAAGACAGAGGCCAGCAAGUAUAUCAUGCAAUACAUCGCUGCCAUCACAAAUCCCACACAGCGGGCUGAGGUGGAAAAGGUGAAGAACGUUUUGCUCAAGUCCAACUGUGUCCUGGAGGCUUUUGGCAACGCCAAGACCAACCGUAACGACAACUCCAGCCGAUUCGGCAAGUACAUGGACAUCAACUUUGACUUCAAAGGGGACCCCACUGGAGGCCACAUCAACAACUACCUUCUGGAGAAGUCUCGCAUCCUCAAACAGCAACCAGGCGAAAGGAACUUCCACGCGUUCUAUCAGUUGCUACUCGGUGCCACGGACACUUUACUGGAUUCCCUCCACCUCAGCAGAGACCCCACCACGUACACCUUUACCAGGGAAGGUACCAGCAGCAACUCUUUGGGCAGUGAUAAAUCCAACCACCGAGCCGUUGCCGAUGCUAUGGAGGUGAUCGGUUUCACUUCGGAAGAGAUGGCGUCCGUCUACAAGAUCCUGGCGGCCAUCUUACACUUGGGCAAUGUGCGAUUUGUUGCCACGGAGGAAGACAUGGAGAUAGAGAAUGCCGAGCUGGUUUCUUACCUCGCAGAGCUGACCUCCACGGACCCUGAGAGCCUCCUUAACACCCUCCUGCACCGGACGGUGGCCACCGGGGGUGGCGAUGUCAUCCAAAAGCGCCACAGCACCAAUGAGGCCAGCUAUGCAAGGGAUGCCUGUGCCAAGGCCAUCUAUGAGCGGCUUUUUUGCUGGAUUGUGGCCCGUAUCAACACGGUCAUUGAGGUGAAGAACUAUGACCCUCGGAUCCAUGGCAAAAAUACGGUGAUUGGUGUCCUGGACAUCUAUGGCUUUGAGAUCUUUGACAACAACAGCUUUGAGCAGUUUUGCAUCAACUACUGCAACGAGAAGCUGCAGCAGCUGUUCAUUGAGCUGAUCCUGCAGCAAGAGCAGGCCGAGUACCAGCGCGAGGGCAUCGAGUGGCAGCACAUCGAAUAUUUCGACAAUCAAAUCAUCGUGGACCUGGUGGAAGAGCCGCACAAGGGCAUCGUCGCCAUCCUGGACGAGGCCUGCCUGACGGUGGGGAAAGUCACAGACUCCCUCUUCCUGGAGUCUAUGAACACCCGGCUCGGCAAGCACCCCCACUUUGCCAGCAGGAAGCUCAACCCUGCCGACAAGACCAUGGAGUUUGGACGGGAUUUCCGGAUCAAGCACUACGCCGGAGACGUGACGUAUUCUGUGGAGGGGUUCCUGGACAAGAACAAGGACACCCUCUUCCAGGACUUCAAGCGACUGAUGUACAACAGCACAGACGCCGUCUUACAAGAGAUGUGGCCGGAAGGCAAACAGAGUAUCACGGAGGUGACCAAGCGGCCCCUGACGGCCGCCACGCUCUUCAAGAUCUCCAUCGUGGCCUUGGUGGAGAACCUGGCCUCCAAGGAGCCGUAUUACGUCCGCUGCAUCAAGCCCAAUGACCAAAAGUCCCCCCUGCUCUUUGAUGUGGAGCGCUGCCGUCACCAGGUGGCGUACCUGGGGCUGCUGGAGAACGUGAGGGUCCGGCGGGCCGGCUUCGCCUACAGGCAGCCCUAUGAUCGCUUCCUGCUCCGGUAUAAGAUGACCUGCGAGUACACGUGGCCCAACCACCUCAUGGCCACGGACCGCGAGGCCACGCAGGCCCUGAUGGAGCAGCACGGCUUCCAAGACGACGUCGCCUACGGGCACACCAAGAUCUUCAUCCGCACGCCCCGGACCCUUUUCUCCCUGGAGCAGGAGCGCGCUCAGUUGGUCCCCAUCAUCGUCUUGCUGCUGCAGAAGGCCUGGAGAGGAGCCCUGGCCCGCAAGCGCUGCCGGUACCUGCGGGCCGUCUACACCAUCAUGGCUCACUACAAGCGCCACAAGGUCAAGUCCCACCUGAUGGAGCUGGUGCAGCGCUUCCAGGGCGUGCGCAACAUGGCCGACUACGGCAAGAGGGUGGAGUGGCCGGAGCCCCCGGCCGCGCUGGCGCAGUUCCAAGAAAACAGCAAGAUCAUCUUCCGCAGGUGGAGAGCCAGGCAGAUCGUGAAGAACAUUCCUCCAUCGGAUAUGGAGCAGAUCAAGGCUAAAGUGGCAGCUCUGGAAGUCUUGCAAGGCCUACGGAAAGACUGGGGCUGCUGCCGGAACUGGGGCCGGAACUACUUGGUGUCGGUAGAUGAGAACCCUGCGAUGGCCACCCAGUUUGCCAAACAGGUGACCGCCCUCAAGGACAAAGUGCACUUCCGUUCGGUGCUGUUUUCGUGCCACGUCCGCAAGAUAAACCGCUGUAACAAAAGCACGGACCGAGCCAUUCUCAUCACAGACCAGCACCUGUACAAGAUGGAUCCGAAGAAGCAGUACAAAGUGAUGAGAGCCACACCUCUGAGCAUGGUGACAGGGGUGAGCGUGACGAGUGGCAAGGAUCAGCUGGUAGUCUUCCACACACAGAACCACGACGGUUUGGUGAUUUGCCUCCAUAAAAUGCAGCCAGCAAAUGACAACCGGGUUGGGGAGCUGGUGGGCGUACUGGUGGACCACUUCAGAAGGACCAAGCGGGACCUGCGGGUUCAGGUAUCGGACUGCAUCCAGCUCAGCCUAAACGGUCGGAAGAAGCUCGUGACCGUGGAACUCCGCAACGAGCAGCCGGACCCCAACUUCGCGAAAAGCCGCGACGGCUUUGUGCUCUACUGGCCGAGGAGAUGAGCAAGACGUUGGGGACAAGCACAGAGAUCUCAGGGAUGCAAAGAAGCCGGGAACGGGACGAGGCCUUCAUGAGUCCGGGACGCCAAGCUGCCACG